AUGUAUCUCACAGGAAGAAAUGUAACUUCUGAAGCCACAUUCAUACUCUUGGGCUUCUCCGAUUCUCCGGCUCUGCAGGUUCCCCUCUUCCUGGUGUUCCUGGUAGUCUCCAGCUUCAGUGCGGUAGGGAAUCUUGGCAUGCUCAUGAUCAUCACAGUGAACCCCACACUGCACACCCCCGUGUUUUUCCUCAGCCACCUUUCAUUUGUGGAUUUCUGCUGUUCCUCUAUCAUUGCUCCCAAGAUGCUGGGGAACCUAAUUACAGAAGACAGAACCAUUUCAUUUUGGGAAAGCAUAGUACAAUACUUUCUCUUUUGUACCUUUGUGGUAACUGAAGCCUUCUUAUUAUCUGUGAUGGCUUAUGAUCGCUUUGUGGCCAUUUGCAGCCCUCUGCUCUGUGUCAUCACUAUGUCCCCAAAGCUCUGUGCCCUGCUGGUGGCUGGGUCAUAUGCAUGGGGUGUGACAUGUUCCUUGAUAUUCACAUGCUCAGCUUUAAAAUUAUCUUUCCGUGGUGUCAACAUUAUCAAUCACUUCUUCUGUGAGUUCUCCUCACUUCUCUCCCUUUCUUGCUCUGACACUCACACCCACCAGCUGCUUCUGUUCAUUUUUGCCACCUUCAAUGCGGUCAGCACACUCCUCAUCAUCCUCAUGUCUUACGCCUUCAUCCUUGUGACCAUCCUCAAGAUGCAUUCAGCCAGUGAACGCCUCAAAGCCUUCUCCACCUGUGUCUCCCACCUGACUGCCAUCACCAUUUUCUAUGGCACCAUCCUCUUCCUCUACUGUGUGCCCAAUUCCCAAAAUUCCAGAAAUACAUUUAAAGUUGCCUCUGUGUUUUACACGGUGGUGAUCCCCAUGUUGAAUCCUCUGAUCUACAGUCUGAGAAAUAAAGAAGCCAAGGAUACAGUAGCCAAAAUAAUUAGUUCAAAGGUUCAUUUUAUUCUUAACAUUAUAGAAUUUAACAUUGUGUAA